AUUUCCCACCUUUAUUGACACAGUCAAAAUAGAGUACUUGAUAACGUAAUAAUCAGUAAUAAGUUAAAACUUGUCUUCUGUUUCAAGUUUCAACGCAUGGCCAUCAUAUUUAUAUAUAAACGCAUAAAGCUAUCUAGUUUUGUGACUCCAACAAUUUCAGAUCUCUCUAGCUAGCAAUCAUGGAGAAAGAUAAACAAAGUAAGCUAAGGAACAAGAUCUUGAAGAUAAUACCAAAAGCAGCAGCUGCAAUCACCGUUACAUUUCAAAACGGUCCUUUCAGUCCUGGAAGGGAUCACAAAUUCAGAUCAGACAAUAACACAAACAGGUGGCAGAAAACUCAUUUUGGUAAGGGUUUCUCUGGACCCAUGAUUCCUCCCGAAGCUAGAACAAAACCAAAAGGUGAAACUCAAGAACCCACUUCACCAAAAAUAUCUUGUAUGGGACAGAUCAAGCACAAGAAGAAACAUCAUAAUAUUGCAAAAACACUUCCUACACACGGUGAUAACAGUGCCGCGUCGACUCCAAAAGACACGGAGGUGAAGAAAUCGAAGUUUCAGAGGAUGUUUUCACACAGAUCAAAAUCGAAAUUUGCAGCGAAGAAACCCGAUGAGUUUGUGAAUGGAGCGCCGCCGAUGGGUGAGAUGAGGCGUUUCGCGAGUGGACGUGAGAGUUUUGCUAAUUUCGAUUGGAAGGGUAUGAUAGAAGCUGAGGAAAUUAAUCAAAGGGAAUGUUAUACUGAUGCAGAGGAAGAUGAUGAGAUCUUAAUUCCAUUUUCUGCGCCGAUUUUGGGUGGUGGUAAUGGUAAUGUUACAUCUAAUUUGAACUUGAAGCCACGAAAUGAAAUUAAUCUGUGGAAGAGAAGAACAAUGGCACCACCUAGGCCUCUUCAGUUGAAUCCAGUGCUUACGGCUAAAUGAUUUAUUAUUCUUUCAUUAUUAUUAAUUGUUCAUUUUAAUAUGUGUGGCAAAUACUAUCAAUCAUUAUUGGCUACCUGUAUAGAAAUCUCAAGCCUUUUGAUAAAAACAUAUUGAAAGUUAAUAAGAUAAGGAAAAAAUUGAUGAAUUUUUGAAACAGCUGUGGGAAUUGUCAUUUGUCGGGUAAUUGUUGAGAACAAUGAAUCAAUGCUCGUUGAGAAGUUUGACAAGAAAGAGUAAAAUACAAAGUGGUACAGGUUGGUGAGCUUGCUUUUUUGUCAUUUUCUUAUACAUGUGUCUGCCAUUACAUUUUCUAAUCAAUUUCCUUGUUGAUUCCAUUUACACCA